AUGAGUCCUCAACAUAAAAACUCAAUAUCGAGUAUAAGUUCUAAACUAACCAAGUCAUGGAUCACCACAACUAUCUUCAGCUUCGUCUUCUUCAUCCUUCUCCUUGGUGCUUCUGUAGGCUGGAUGGAUUUGUUUUUAUUGGCUGGAGAUAGAAUCAAAUUGACACCAAUAUUCACAAGAAACACUUUCCUCACAAUUUCCAAGAACACACUCACUACACCACUCAACUUCACAUUGCAAUGCUCUCUAGACAAGAACAUAACAACACAGACGUGUCCUGCAAGCUACCCGGAGAAAUGGAACCCUAAAGACGAUCCAGAGACUUGUCCAGACUAUUUCAGGUGGAUCCACAAGGAUCUUGAACCAUGGGGUAAGACAGGAAUCACUAGAGAGACGCUAGAGCGAGCGAGAGCUAAAUCUCACUUCAGGCUAAUCAUAAAAGGGGGAAGAGUGUAUGUGCAACGUUACAUGAAAUCAUUUCAGACAAGAGAUGUUUUCACAAUAUGGGGAAUAUUGCAACUUCUAAGGAUGUAUCCUGGUCAAGUCCCUGAUCUUGAGCUUCUCUUCCAGUGCCAUGACCUUCCUCAAAUAUGGAGAAGAGACUAUAGGGCAAGACGAGGAGUCAAUGUAACGUGGCCACCUCCUCCACUCUUCCAUUACUGUGGCCAUGACGGUGCUUUUGACAUUGUCUUCCCUGAUUGGAGCUUCUGGGGCUGGCCGGAGAUUAACAUAGAGGAGUGGAACAAACUUUCUAAGGCGAUUAAUGAAGGGAUAAAGAGGGUGAAAUGGGAAGAGAGAAAACCUUAUGCAUAUUGGAAAGGGAAUCCUGGAGUUGCCAGGAUUAGAAAAGACCUCAUGAGAUGUCAUCAUCCUAUGGUUCAUCUCAUUCAUCAGAAUUGGAAGAGAGAGGGGAGGAUUGGGUUUAGGACUUCAAAUCUAGCAGAUCAAUGCACCCACAGGUACAAGAUUUAUAUAGAAGGAAAGGCUUGGUCAGUGAGUGAGAAGUACAUAUUAGCUUGUGAUAGUAUGACACUUCUUAUACAACCUUUCUACUUUGACUUCUUCACUAGAAGUUUAGUUCCAAUGGAACAUUAUUGGCCUAUUAGACUUCAUCAAAAAUGCAAUGACAUCAUCUUUGCUGUCCAAUGGGGCAACAACAAUACCAAAAAGGCAAAAACCAUAGGAAGAAAUGGAAGUGGGUAUGUACUUAAGAAUCUACAAAUGAAGUAUGUGUAUGAUUAUAUGUUUCAUGUGUUGCAAAGCUAUGGGAAGUUGAUGAAGAUGAAUGUAGAAGUGCCUGAAGGAGCCAAGGAAGUGUGUCCAGAGACAAUGGCGUGUCCCAUCAAUGGAGGUCGAAUGAGACAGUUUAUGGACGAUUCAUUGAUUAUUUCUCCGAGCAACAAGGGCGCAUGUGAGAUGCCACCAACUUUUGAAGAAGAUGAGCUAAAGAAGUUUUUAGAAAAGAAAAAAAGUGUUGAGAAAGAAGUGGAGAAGUGGACUAAUGAGUACUGGGAUGAACAAAAGAAGUCUCUUCAACAUUGA